CAAACAAAACAGUAGAAGGCGGACGACGAAAGAGACGACUACAGCAGUGCAAGCGCCAUCAGUUCGCGAGAAAACGGUACCGUUUUUUUCUUCUUGCGUUCCACUGCAGUGAUAAUGCUCCGUGCGAGAUAAUGCGGUUGCGGGUGUGAAACGAUUAAUAAGAAUUCUUACGACUCAUCACGCAAAGUAAGUGAUAAUGUGCCCGACUCGUCCAUCUCAUCAGCUGUAAGAAGAAAUUACAGUGAUUUUGCACAACCGGUUUCACAUUCGCCUCGUGCCUGUGUGUUAUCUCGCGCGAAUUCCCGGAGCAAUCAUCUGCAUAGCUCUGUGCGCAAGCUACCUGUGCCGUGGUACGCGAUACAUUCCUUCCGGAGGGCGGAAUGCUACCCGUUCUAUGACCUUGCGAGUUUUUGAACGCUCGUGAAGAAAAAACGGGUUCCCGUUGGGACCCCCAAUCGAUACGCGGAAUCAAGGCGAAGGUAACAUUUUCAAGGACAUCUCGCGCCCGGGCGGAUGCGCACGAGUGCUAUGCUGCAGUAAGGCGAAAGAAGGGAAGUGAAGUGGAUUACAAAAUAUUCAAGCACGCGCCAUAUAUCACUGUAAUCCCUCGCUGUGGUACACCACCUGCUUCUCCACCAGCCUUGUGCGCGAUAAACAAUGGUCGCACUAAUGUAUUGCUGAAGUUUUCCCACGACAACGCGACGACGAACAGCGCUUUGCCUCGUCGGUGUGCAUUGAGAUUGUUUAUCUGCGAAAACGUAAACAACAGAACAGGUACAGGUGUAUAACCACCUCGGCAUCUACCGUUACAUCGAUCCACCACAGAGUGGCGAGAGUGUGCGUAUAGUGGAGGCCUUUGUGUGACUUAUUGUUUUAUCUACGGGUUGGAGUGUGAGUGUGUGUUCGGGGGAGAGAGAGAGAGAGCAAGAGAGGUACUUACGAGGUCGUUUUCAGCAAUAAAUGUACCACAUUACGGACGGAGCUGCUAUCAGUGAAGAAACGCCGCUGAACCACGACGAAAGACACCUUCCGCGACAGCAGCAGCAGCAGAAGCGCAAAACAUCCUACCGACAUCUUGACCCUUCAGUGAUAGUACAUUCCGCGGGUGGUUCGAGUGAUAAUUCCAGCUCCAACGACAGCAACUGCAGCAACUGCACGACCGAGUUCGGUAGCGAACAGCAGCCCAUCGUAGUAGCUGACCGGGGGACCAACUGCAGCAGCACAAGCCGCUCCCUCACCACCAUGGACGACACGAAGAAGGUGCUACUGAAAGUUGGGCUCGACUUUCUCAUCCUUUGCUGCGUUGGGUUUCCUAUUCUAAUCUUCUUCCUGGUCGGAGAUCCAUUUAAGCGAGGAUUUUUCUGCGACGAUGAGUCACUGAUGCAUCCAUUCCAUGAUUCAACCGUGACGAACUGGAUGCUGUAUAUCAUCGGAAUCGCACUCCCGGUAAUUGUGAUUAUAAUCACGGAACUAUGCAGGGCGCGUGUGAAGAACUCGUCAGAAACGCAUCCGCUCAAGGUGUGGAACACGGACAUUCCGUUCUGGGUCGUGCAGGCCUACAAAUCGAUCGGCAUGUUUGGAUUCGGAGCCGCCGUCAGUCAGCUGUUGACGGACGUCGGUAAAUACACGAUAGGACGCCUUCGGCCGCAUUUCUUUGACGUCUGCAAACCCCGGAUGCCCGACGGUACCACUUGUGCCGACGCUAUCAAUCAAGGACGAUACGUAACGGACUUUGUGUGCACCAGCGAGAAAUCGUCUGCCCGCAUGCUGAAGGAAAUGCGCCUGUCAUUCCCGAGUGGACAUUCCAGUUUCUCGAUGUACACACUUAUUUUCUGUGCUAUCUUUCUGCAUGCCCGCAUGAACUGGCGCGGCUCGAAGCUGCUGAAGCACUUUUUCCAGUUUCUGCUGAUCCUGCUGGCCUGGUACACCUGUCUGAGCCGCAUUUCCGACUACAAGCACCACUGGUCGGACGUGCUGGCUGGGGGCGUACUGGGCGCAACGGUAGCGAUCGUCGUCUCCAACUGCUGCACCGACCUGUUCAGUGUCGCACGCAAACGCACGAUGAUGGCAGCGUCUUUACCACAGACGCGCUACGAGCUUAGCCCAAACCAUACGCACGGGAAUGGCAACUAAACGGAGGGGAAACGUGUUGCACCUCCAAUCCACUGGACCAUCGUAGAGAGAGUGCGAGUGUGUUUGUAUGUGUAGGGUGUGUGUAGAGCGUAUCGUGUCGAACUCGAUCGUCAAGUUCCUUGCCAAAUUGUGAAGGGUGGAGGAAAGUGAGCAUACAAUGCACUCUCGCUACACCUAGAGGCACCUACGCAUAUGGGAGUGCCAAAUGCGUCGUUUAAUAGUCGCAUCAAUUACUGCUGCUACCCAAAAACCCACGGUAAUAGCAGCAUUGCUAGACGUAACCGACAAAACGUAGCAACUGUAGUGAGAAGUAAUUUAUUACGUUUAUUCGUUAAGCUUUCUAAACGUAUAUCGUGUAGGAGGAAAUUAUGUUAAUAUAUAUACAUGAUAGAGAAUAGCAGUAGCUCAGUCAUACUGACUGAUAAGACUAAAAGCCAACAUAGGAAAGACAUAAUACUUCAUCGUUGCUACUACUCGGGUUGGUGUCGCUGAGUUUGGUUUCCGAUUUGUCACUACUCAGCCCACUUUCCUCUACUAAGGCUGCUCUCAGUAAGAUACAACGAUCGCAGUAGAGUUUUCUAUUAGAGUAACACACAAUGGUUGUAUAUUUAUCAAAUUAACUAGAUGCAAUCACUUUUAUCUGCAACUAUCUUUGAAAUAAACGAACGAAACUAGAAGAUUUA